AUGGUUGCUUUUUCUGCUGUUGCCGUGGGAGCGUUGCUCGCGCAGGCCUGGGCUAUGCCCACAGCCGCCCAAGAUGGUGUGGCAGUGAGCUCAUCUGCUAUUCCCACUGCUGCGUCCACUUCAUUGCCGGUCGCUGAGGCCCAAUUGGACCAGCUCGCGCAGGUGGCCUACAACACCACCACCGACACGGUCUCCAGUGACUCGGACAUCGAGAAGCGCGGUCAAUGUUCGCUUCGGAACCUCCGUGUCCGUCGCGAUUGGAGGACUUUCUCUGCCACUCAGAAGAAAUCGUACAUUAAGUCCGUGGUCUGCCUUCAGAAGUUGCCGUCGCGCACGCCCUCCAACAUCGCGCCGGGUGCGCGUACCCGCUACGAUGACUUCGUCGCGACGCACAUCAACCAAACAUUGCAGAUCCACUACACGGGUACCUUCCUGGCCUGGCACAGAUACUUUAUCUGGAACUUCGAGCAAGCUUUGCGCAAUGAGUGUGGCUACACCGGUGACUACCCAUACUGGAACUGGGGUGCCGAUGCUCAUGACAUCGAGAAGUCCCAGGUCUUCGAUGGCAGUGACACCUCCAUGUCCGGCAACGGUGCGAAGGUGGAGACCACCGGCGACAUCCAACUCACUCUGGGUGAUUACCCCAUCAUCCACCUGCCCACCGGCACAGGCGGCGGCUGCGUGACCAGCGGUCCCUUCAAGGACUACAAGGUCAACCUGGGCCCUGCCGCAUUGAUGCUUCCCGGCGGCAACACCAGCGCCGCAGCCAACCCACUGGCCUACAACCCACGCUGUCUGAACCGCGAUCUAACCACCGCAAUUCUGUCCGAUUAUGCCAAUUUCACCUCAACCGUGGACUUGAUCCUGAGCAAUGAUGACGUCUGGGACUUCCAGAUGAGCAUGCAGGGUGUUCCCGGCAGUGGCUCGAUCGGUGUUCACGGUGGCGGUCAUUACUCGAUGGGCGGUGAUCCUGCUCGCGAUGUCUUUGUUAGCCCCGGUGACCCGGCGUUCUGGCACCACCACGGUAUGAUUGACCGUACCUGGUGGAUCUGGCAGAACUUGGACUUGAAGAAGCGCGGAAACGCAAUUUCUGGUACUGGCACUUUCUUGAAUCAGCCCGAGUCGGCCAACACUACUCUCGACACCGUGAUUGAUAUCGGUCAUGCUGGUGCUGGCCCCAUUGCCAUGCGCGACCUCAUGAGUACCGUUUCUGGGCCCUUCUGCUACAUCUACUUGUGA